AUGGCGGAGAGGGAGAUUACUGAAGACUAUUAUGAAAUCCUUCAAAUCCAUUCCAAGGCAACCGAAGAUGAGAUCAAAGCUAGUUACCGGCGACUGGCCCUCUUGAAGCAUCCGGACAAGAACACUGAUAACCUCAAUGCGACUGCCGAAUUCCAGGAGGCAAGUAUCAACACGGCCUAUCAAUGCUUGAGCGAUCCCAGGAAGCGAGAAGUCUACGACACCAAACGUGUAGAAGCCCGCGAAGACCUCAACCGACGAGCCCGUACUGGCGAAAAUGAGGUCAACCUGCUCAAGAAAAAGAUUGCCCAUCUCAAAAAGUUACUCGCCGAGCUCAUCGGUCGACACUCUGAACUUCUCCUCUUUCGUGAUGCCUACAAACGCGACCUCGCCGAAAUGGUCAGGGGACUCAACCAGAGCUAUGAUGACCCUUUCACUACCACAGGAACCGAGGCAUGGUGGCAAAGCGUCUACAAUACCAUCACUCGAGACUCGAGCAGAACAGAUCCCCAGCAGACAACCAACGAGAUCUCAGAGCUACGCUCCAAUAUCACCAUGCUCAACUCGGAACUCCUGGAGCUCGAGUUCCGCAUUCUUGAGACGGAAAUCGUUCUGUCGGUCCUGACCGCUGAAACUCGUCGCCAGCAAUGGCCUGCACCACGGCGCGCCCAGACGGCUCAUCAGGUCGAGGCCGAGAGAAUGCAGGCGGAGCAGCGCCGACAAUAUGCCGCUGCCCAGCAGACAAUGAAUAGAGAGAAGGAAUUGAGUCGUGAAGCCCAGAGAGUGGCGGCCAAGGCCAAGCAGGCAUCCAAGCGCGAGGAGAAGAAUGCCAAAGAGGAGGCCAAGACCAAGAUGGCAGCUUGUGGCCACGAGACGUUUUGA